GAGACGUCAACAUGCCUGAGCCUGCAAAGUCAGCGCCCAAGAAGGGCUCCAAGAAAGCAGUAUCCAAGACUGCUGCGAAGGGAGGCAAAAAGCGCAGAAAGUCAAGGAAGGAGAGCUAUGCCAUCUACGUGUAUAAAGUGCUGAAACAGGUCCAUCCAGAUACCGGCAUCUCGUCCAAGGCUAUGGGAAUCAUGAAUUCCUUUGUCAACGACAUUUUCGAGCGUAUUGCCGGAGAGUCUUCUCGCUUGGCGCACUACAACAAGCGUUCAACCAUCACCUCCAGGGAGAUCCAGACCGCCGUCCGCCUACUGCUCCCAGGUGAGCUGGCUAAGCACGCCGUGUCCGAGGGCACCAAGGCGGUGACCAAGUACACCAGCUCCAAGUAAACGGGUGCCAUUUGACUGCCCUGUGAUACCCCAAAGGUUCUUUUAAGAGCCACCCACACUAACUUUAAAAUGUGCCAAUUUCCAUUUCCGCCUGUCACGGUUAUGAUUAAGACAAGAGCCUUAAGGCGACUUGCGAUGGUAAAGGUACUAAGGGGGCUUUGAAGGUGCGUAACAAUGGAUAUCAUUUUAAGACACUUGGGAGUGAGCAACACAUUGUAAUGAACUAGGCCUAUCAGUUUUAACUGUCGCUUGGGGUUACACAUUACAAAGUCACAUUUCAGUUUUUUUUUUAAAUUUCUGUUCUGAAACAGCAAAUUCUACACGUUGAAAUGUUCAAAUCGUAAUGAUCCAUGUUCUUGUUUCUAGUGCAAAUGACCAAUUGUGAAUUGUGAUCAUUAAAAAAAACUUA